GUCCCGCAGGCCUAUCUCCAGCUGGCCAAGCAGCACCACCCCGACAAGGGUGGCGACCCAGCCGCCUUUGCCCGCAUGCGGGCGGCCUUUGAGGUGCUGAGCGACCCCCCAAAGCGCCAGGUGUACGACACGUGGGCCAAGCAGCUGCAAUUCAGGUGGGGGCAGCGCCGCUGA